AUGCCUCAUUCAUCUUCCAUGAUUACACAACUAUUUAUUUUAUUUUCGAUCGUUGGUUCUCUAACAUUCGCUUUACAAGCUGCAGAUUUUUUUGUCCAUGACUUGCCACUUUUGCCAAAAGGCGCUUCUUCUAUUCGUAUGCAUGCUGGACUUCUACCUGUCAAUCCUCAACAUCAUGGAUCUUUGUUCUUUUGGCAUUUUGAGAAAAAAUAUCCUAGUGACAAAUUAAGAACAGUCAUAUGGCUUGAUGGAGGUCCUGGUUGUAGCAGUGUGCCUGCAGCCUUGAUGGAAAUUGGUCCUUUCCGAUUUCAAGAUGAAAAUACAAUGAUCGAAAAUGAUGGAUCAUGGCAUUUGUACACUAAUCUUCUGUUUGUAGAUCAGCCUGUUGGUACUGGUUUUUCCACCAUUGAUACGGACUCAUUUAUUCAUGAACUUGAUGAGAUGGCUGAUCAGUUUCUUGGCUUUCUUGAUCAAUACAUCAAGAUUUUUCCAGAACUACUUGAAAAUGAUAUCUACUUAGCAGGUGUAUCUUUUGCUGGUCAGUAUAUUCCAUAUAUAGCGAAAGCGAUUCUAGAACAACGAUCAACAUUGAAAUUACGUGGUCUUCUGAUUGGAAAUGGUUUGAUUGAUCCUGUUACCACAUAUAAAUCAUAUUUACCAUUUGCAGUAGCAAACAAUUUAGUCAUUGAGAACUCUGAGCUCUAUGAUCAUAUUAAUAUUCAAGUCAGACAAUGUGAAGACGCACUUUCCAAGCAAGUACAUGUUUUCGAGGAAGAGUGUUAUUCUAUCCUCUGGCAGAUAAGUGGGAACGGUGCAAUGAAUAAUUAUCACGUAAGAAAUCAAAAAGGUAGAUGUUUCAAUAUCUACGACAUUCGGCUAAAUGAUACGAGAUCGAAGUGUGGCGAAAAUUGGCCGCCAGAUUUAAAGUAUGUCACAUCGUACUUACGUCGACAAGAUGUUACGUCAAGCAUAAACAUUAAUGAUAAAAAAGUGAGAUGGGAACUGUGCCCGGAUUCUGUUUUUGAUGCGUUUAAAGCUCAACAUUCUCAGCCAUCGAUCACAUUGUUGCCUAAUUUACUUCAGCAAAUUCCAAUUAUUCUAUACAGUGGUGAAUAUGACUUGAUUUGUAAUCAUUGGGGGACCGAAGCAAUGAUUGAUAGUAUGACAUGGAACAAUGGAACCGGUUUUGAUUUUGGUAAUGGAACAUUCUCUCCAAAAGAUCCAUGGAUUGUGGAUGGUGAAUCUGCUGGUCUCAUUCAAAGUGCACGUAAUUUAACUUACAUUCUUUUCUAUAAUGCCGGUCACAGGGUAACCUAUUACUAUCCACGUCGAUCACGUUUUAUGCUACAUGAAUUCAUACAGUUGGAUCUAGUCACGUUUCCUGAUACAACAACAACAAGAAAUAAUACAGAAGAAUCUACUCAAUCAACACGUCGCAUUGAUUUUAUUGUAUUGACUAUUAUCAUUAUCACUAUAGCUUUGACUGGUCUAAUUUGGUUUUUUGGGCACAAACGGUAUCCGAAUAAACUACCAAAACCAUUCAAUAUUAUUCGUGUGCUUCAAUCAAAAACUCACAAUAUUGAGCAACAAGAAUGGGUGAAGUACUCACUUUUGAACGAUUCCAAUGCAGAUUUAGAUGUCGUAGAUAGUGAAACUGAUGUAUAA